GCUUCCUGUUAUUUCCAUUGAAAUCCUUGUCCCGCUCGUUAGCCGGCAGGCUUUGGCAGGAUGGCACCGCGCACGCACACCAGCUCCGGCCGUCUCUCCCGGGGGCUCCUGCUGCUCUGCGUGCUCCUGGGGACUGGCCUUUGUCACACGGACAACGUGACAACGAGCUUCAGCCAGGACACUGGGACAAGCCCACCCACGGCCACGUCCAACGGGACAGCCUGGUCCAUAGAGGGGAAUUACACCGCCAUCACACAGCAGUGCUGGGAUUACUUCGUCUACCUGAUGAGGAAUGUGCUGACAUCGGAGCUGUGCGAGUGGAAAGUCAUCAGCGGGCCCUACAGCGUGCUGCAGCACUGCCUGGAGGAGUGGGCAGAGCGCCUCAACUACAGCUACCCCAACGCCCUGGCCGAGCAGUACAUCUUCCAGAGCCACCACAUCUACUUCCACAACUGCACCCUGGAGCACCCGGUGUACUUCGACCCGCCCGAAGAUGUGCUGCUGGCCAUGAUCAUCGCACCCAUCUGCCUCAUCCCCUUCCUUGUCACCCUGGUCAUCUGGCGCAGCAAGGACGGCAAGGCGCAGGCUUAGAGCUGCCCGGCUGCGGGACCCCCGGCCCGCCCGGUGGGAUCUCGGUGCCACCACCCCGCGCUGCGGAGGCGGCCGGUUCCUCCCGCGCCUUCCCCACCCCGCGGCCCGGCAUUAAACGCUUCUC